AAAAAAAGAGUAAAGAUGGUUUUAGUACACAACAUUGUGAACUAAUUAAAGGCUUCUAAUUUGAUGGAAACCCGUAUAAUCAAUAAAAAUGUCUCAAAGUACUAUUUUUUUUUCGGACAACCAAAAUGUCUCAAAGUACAAAGGUGAUAAGAGUUAGGAAUAACAUCUUUGUUGAUUCUUAACCUGAUAUGCUAUUCAUGUACAUCCUUACUAUUAGAUGAACGUAAGUACAAAUGUCCUCAUCGUACAUUCCCAUUUCGGCGAGAACGCUGUCUUAAAAAUUAAAAUCAAUACAUCUCAGCUUCUUCUCCCCCGCAAGAUUGGAUCAAAUAUUCUCCACCAUCACCUUCCAUUCUUUUACUCUCCUCUCGCCUAAACAUAAACCCACCAAAAAACAAAAACUCCUAACUUUUUUUUUCUUUUCUUAGAUCGAAAGAGAGAGGGAGGGAGAGAUUUUGGGAUUUCGAUAGAAAUUUUUUGUUCUUUCCCUUUUUUGUUUUCUUUGGCAAAAUUGUUAUUGUUAUGGGGUAAUGUGACGUUUUGGCCAAAAAAAUAAAAAUAUGGGUAAUGUGACGUCAAACGUGGCGGCGAAGUUCGCUUUCUUCCCACCAACACCGGCUACGUACGGCGUAAGUAAAGACGAGGAGACCGGAAAGCUCACGUUCACCGGAGUCACCCCGGAAAAAAGCAUGGAGGUUCACCAAGUUACCACCAAGUCCGGCAACAAAGUCGUCGCUACGUUUUGGAAACACCCAUUUGCAAGAUUCACUCUCCUCUAUUCCCAUGGCAAUGCUGCUGAUCUCGGCCAAAUGGUCGACCUCUUCAUCGAGCUCCGAGCUCAUCUCCGUGUCAACAUUAUGAGCUAUGACUAUUCAGGCUAUGGAGCUUCAACAGGCAAGCCGUCUGAGAGCAACACGUACCACGAUAUCGAGGCUGUGUACAACUGUUUGAGGAGCGAGUACGAGAUCCAGCAAGAGGAGAUGAUUCUGUAUGGUCAGUCCGUUGGAAGCGGGCCAACGUUGUACUUGGCGUCUCGAUUGAAAAGACUAAGAGGGGUUGUUCUACACAGCGCAAUUCUCUCCGGGAUUAGAGUCUUGUACCCUGUCAAAAUGACAUUCUGGUUCGACAUAUACAAAAACCUUGAUAGGAUACGCCAUGUCGCAUGCCCUGUUCUUGUCAUACAUGGAACAAAAGAUGAGGUCGUGAACAUGUCACACGGGAAGCGAUUGUGGGAGCUUUCAAAGGACAAGUAUGAUCCAUUGUGGGUAAAAGGAGGAGGGCAUUGCAACUUGGAGACAUAUCCUGAGUACAUAAAGCACCUUCGCAAGUUCAUAAACGCAAUGGAGAAACUCGCUCUCAAGAAUCCACCAACCAAGGAACUAGAUGAUGAGCCAAGAAAUAACGAAACUAAGCACAAUUGUUGCCUAAGCUUCAAGAAAAAGUAGAGCUGGAACUGAAGAUAGCAGUAACAGAGAUUCAAAAGACACACUUAUGAUUAUCCUCAAAUGUGAUCAUUUCGAUUUCAACGAGGUGCAGUUACAAACGAUACAAAGGCGAAACCAGAUCUAAUCUUUGUAGGUGUUAGCCUAUGUAAACAAAGAAUUUAAUGUAGGAGACGUUUGGAAAAAUCAUUACUUGUUGAUGAAGCAACCAAAUCAAAGAGCUUAAAAGACUGUACAGCGAAAUAGUAUUUUACCUGAUGGUUUCAGUUUUGUUUUUCUGUUUUUUUAAUUAAAUAAAAUGAAAAUUUUGGCUUAUAGGAUUCUGUAGAAUCCAAUCCAAGACCGCAUACUCGAGUGGCUUACAAGAUAGAAUAAAAGGAUUUAGUGUUUUCAUCCUUUUAGUCAAAGUGUCGGCAUAAACAUUUUAAUUACCGGGAAUAAGACCUAAGAUACAAUUCUCGAAAAAACACUAGUGGUACAAACAUAGUCUAACUCUAUUUUAAUGGCUGGCCAAUCCACAAAGUCUUCAAUUAUCUAAAUCAGCAAUCCGUCACAUUUUUGUUUUUCUGUUAUGUAGUUGAAAGUAUAAAUUCCAACAAACAAGCUAGCCUAUUAGCUUAAAUAUGUUAGAAGUUAAUGUCAUAAGGGCCCUGUUCGUUUACAUGUCGUAGACCGCGCGACAAGUAAACGAACAUGGCCUAAUGUGUUGUUUACUUCUUUGAAAUGAGAGAAUUAUUUGAUGCCAUAUGUAAUAUUGUUAAUAU